AUGGAUACUAAAUAUGAAGAGGAUAAAUCAAAGAAUGGCAGAGGAACAAACGGUUAAACAACGGGGGGCAGAGGGCAGCAUGGAAAUAGCUGGAUUUGUAAUCUAAAACCAUUGCAACCUCACCUUCUCAUCAACUCACUCGAUUUUAAAAGGUAUUGGUGAUUCAUUAUCAUCCCAACCAUUUCAAUCUCAAUCCAUUUUCUUCCUUUUUUUUGCAGUUUCUCUGCUGGCGAUCGUUUUUCUCUUCCAAAAUCCCUCUCAAUAUUGGAUUGGAGUUGAGAGAAAAUGGAGGCGUUGAUUUCUCCUAAAACCACUCAAGAAGUGGUGGGUGAGAUUAUGAAACUUCACAGAUCUUUGCCGGUCCGGCCUGGAAUUGAUGAAGUCGAAGGUGCCAGGGUCCUGAUUAGCAAUGUCGAUAAGGAAUCCCAAAUGAAACUCGAAGCCAUUGAAAGACAAACCAAGAACCAAGGCGUCCCAGAAGAGCUUUCAAAGAUCUUGCUCGAUAUGCAGAGGAAUUUCAUCGCCUUCAAAAGCAAAGAAGACAAGUGGGAAGCCUUGAAAUUGCUGGAAAUUGAAGAUGUCCACUACCUGUUCGACGAAAUGCUUCAAAGAGCUUCGAAGUGCGUUUCUACUCCUUCAACCUCUUCAACCUCUUCACAAACUCCCAAUACCCUUUCCUCUACUUUCCAUUCAGCUUCUACCGCUAAUCAGAACAGAACCUCCGCCGUUCCUUCUGUGUCUGGGAGUAUCAGUACCUCAACCGCCGCCGCCCCUUCAAGCUUGUUAUACAAGUCCGACAAUGGACCUACAAAAACCACCACUCAAUUAUUCUCUCGAGAUGAUAGUUAUGUCCCAAAAGGCAAGCCAGCGGCGUAUAUGGAUGGCUUUGGAGCUAGACCAGGCGUUUCUUCCUCACCCUUUAUUAAAGAUCCAUCCUUAAAACUUGCAAAUUCUUCAGGUAAAGAUGGUGACAAAUAUAACUUGAUGUCUCUGGCUAGUUUCAUUGAGAAAGCAAGGAAGGGCGGCAGUCGAAAGCUUGAUCUCCGGAACAAGCUGAUGAGCCAAGUAGAAUGGCUGCCUGAUACUAUAGGGAAGCUAACCAGUUUGGUGUCUUUAGAUUUGUCUGAGAAUCGUCUUGUGGCUCUACCAGAAGCCAUUGGAGCACUUUCCCAGUUGGAGAAAUUGGAUUUGCAUGCCAAUAGGAUCAGCGAACUUCCUGGCCCUUUCACAGAUCUCACCAGUUUGGUUCAUUUGGACCUCAGGGGAAACCAGUUGGUAUCUCUUCCUGCUGCUUUUGGGAAGCUGAUUCAUCUUGAGGAUAUUGAUCUGAGUUCAAAUUUGCUCACUUCACUUCCUGAAUCCAUUGGUAAUCUUGUGAGGCUGAGAAGAUUGAAUGUGGAGACGAACAAUAUCGAAGAGAUUCCUCAUACGAUUGGUCGGUGUAUAUCGCUCCGGGAGCUGACUGCCGAUUAUAACCGGCUUAAAGCGCUUCCUGAAGCUAUAGGAAAGAUUGAGACACUAGAGAUUUUGUCUGUGCGUUAUAACAACCUCAGACAAUUGACAACAACCAUGUCCUCUCUUGUGAAUCUGAGGGAGCUUGAUGUAAGUUUUAAUGAGCUUGAAUCCGUGCCAGAGAGCUUAUGUUUCGCCACUAGACUCGUCAAGAUGAACAUCGGAAACAACUUUGCUGAUCUGCAAUCACUACCGAGGUCGAUCGGGAAUCUAGAAAUGCUUGAAGAACUGGAUAUUAGCAAUAACCAGAUUCGGUUUCUUCCCGGUUCGUUCAGAAUGCUAACUCAGCUUUGCGUGCUACGAGCAGAAGAGAAUCCUUUUGAAGUACCCCCGAGACAGAUAUUCGAAAAGGGCGCUCAGGCUGUUGUUCAAUACAUGAUUGAUCUACAUGAGAAUAGAGAAGUCAGAUCACAGCCAGUUAGACAGAAAAAGAAGUGGUGCCAUAUGUUCCUCGUACGUGGUUCAAACCAAAGGCAGAGCAACCCAAUAAGCAACUUGAGGGCUUAAUCACUUACACCAUUGUAGAGAAGAACAAGCCAUCUUUUUUCUAAGUAACCUCGCCUCGAAACUUGAAAGUCUGUCCAUACUUGAGCAAGUUAAGACAUAUCUUCUCGAUUAAGAGGUUAGAGAUUCAAAAAUCCUUCUCCGAACGUGUUUUUGAGGAAAUCCUCCAAGUAAGUUUGCUUCGAAACUUAAAAGUCUGUCCAUAGUUGUCCAUAGUUGAGCUAGUUAAGACAUAUAGUCUCGACUAAGAGGUUAGAGAUUCAAAAACCCUUCUCCCGACGUGUUUUUGAGGAAAUCCUCCAAGUAAGUUUGCUUCGAAACUUAAAAGUCUGUCCAUAGUUGAGCUAGUUAAGACAUAUAGUCUCGACUAAGAGGUUAGAGAUUCAAAAACCCUUCUCCCGACGUGUUUUUGAGGAAAUCCUCCAAGUAAGUUUGCUUCGAAACUUAAAAGUCUGUCCAUAGUUGAGCUAGUUAAGACAUAUAGUCUCGACUAAGAGGUUAGAGAUUCAAAAACCCUUCUCCCGACGUGUUUUUGAGGAAAUCCUCCAAGUAAGUUUGCUUCGAAACUUAAAAGUCUGUCCAUAGUUGAGCUAGUUAAGACAUAUAGUCUCGACUAAGAGGUUAGAGAUUCAAAAACCCUUCUCCCGACGUGUUUUUGAGGAAAUCCUCCAAGUAAGUUUACUUCGAAACUAGAAAGUCUGUCCAUAGUUGAGCUAGUUAAGACAUAUAGUUUCGACUAAGAGGUUAGAGAUCUAAUUUUGAGAAGCGUUUUUGAAGAAAUCCCAUUGAUUUGAAAAGAAAAAUAAAAACUUUGAUUCAUCACAGUUGAUGAAGACAUGGGAUAUGGGCAGGAAGCUGAAAUAGAGUUGUUAAUAGUGGUGUUACAGGGCUGUGAGGAAUCAGAGGCGAAACUGGGCUUCAUGUAAUGAGUCAACUGCAACGAACUCUGCAUCACACCGUAGAGGAUUCCUCCCCUCUCUGUCUUUGUAAUUUUAUCUUUUCUUUUUUUCUUUUUUUCUUUAGUGAAUUUUGUAUUUUAGGAAUAUAAUUGUCUAAGUUUAUAAUUUCAAGUAGGGCAGAAUGAACGAAUAUUUAUUUGAUUUAUCAAAAUAGUAAUUAAAUAAUAUAAUUUUCGGUUGAAAUUA